AGCGUUUGACAAACAGGACAACUGUGAGCCUACCUGGAAGGAGCGUUUGACGCUGUGAGCCUACCUGGCGACCUCUUCACUGAGAUGCGAAGACGGUUCUCGAAGUCGGGGGUGCCGACCCCAAAAACCUCUGAACCCCAGGGAGUGCCUAUCCCGAUGUCUGCUGAACGACCCCAAACUUCCUCUGUAGCCUCCUCGCUCCCUACCCCAAGCCUUGCUGCGGCGCUAGCCCGACGAAGGUUCACCCUGAGCGGGGCGGCUGACAGCCAGAACCAAGGACUGACGGUCUACUGCAGAAUGCCAUUCUCUCGUAGCUUCCUGUCUGAAGACCAGUUCCAGUGUUCCAUCUGUCUGGAUAUCUUCAUAAACCCCGCCUCCACUCCAUGUGGACACUCCUUCUGCAUGGCCUGCAUUGGUCGGUACUGGGACGGUGCUAAGCUCUGCCAGUGUCCCCUCUGCAAAGAGACCUUUAAGAAACGCCCGGACCUCCAGAUUAACCGGACCCUCAGGGAGAUCACAGAGCAGUUCAAGUCCAUGUCCGGGGUGUCUCGGUUGGGCAGCGGGAGGUGGAGAGAUGUCCUAGGGGCUGGAGGAGGAGGAGGAGGAGGAGAGGAAGCAGACCAUCAGGAUCCCAGCACCAUAGAGAGGGAGUGGAUGGACACUAAGACCCAGCUACAUAUGUCUGAGGCAGAGAUCCAUCAGCUGAUUCUACAGAGACAGAGGAAGAUGGAGGAGAUAAGUUCAUCACUGGCUCAACUACAGCUUUCGGUGGAACGUGAGACAGCAGGCGUGAUGUGUGUGUUCAGUGCGUUGGUGUGUGCGGUUGAGAGGUCGCAGGCGGAGCUCAUGGAGGUGAUUGAGAUGAGCAGGCGGUUGGCAGAGCACCAGGCGGACGACGUGAUUCGUCAGCUGGAACAGGAAGUGAACGAGCUUAGGAAGAGAAGCCACGCCCUCUCCCAGCUGGCCCAAUCAGACGACUACGUUCAUUGUAUCAAGAGCUACCCUGCACUCUGCACCCCUCCACCAAUCAGAGACUGGUCUGGGGUGUCGGUGAACCCUGACCUGGGAACGGUGCCCAUCUAUACAUCGUUGUCUGUCCUGGUCCAACGUUUCCAGGAAGAGAUCAGCAGGAUGGUUGAAUUUG